GGAUGGAGAGCAUGUUACUACGGAGCUGGUAUAAUCGGGCUGAUUAUAGCCGCUCUCACGUUCACCCUUUCCGAGCCGGAGAGGAAGACAAUCGGCGAGGAAGGGACGAGCGUCGGUGGGAAGAAAACACGCAUCUGGAAAGUAAUCCUACAACCGAGAGUUCUACUGUUGUGCUUGGCUGCCAGCAUCAGACAUUGCGGUGGAAUGUGCUUCGCGUACAACUGCGAUCUCUACUACAGAGAUUACUUCCCUGAUUAUGACUUAGGCUGGUGGCUGUUCGCCGUGACCAUAGUGAUCGGUGGCAUCGGCGUCGUGGCCGGUGGAGUAAUUAGCGACAAGUUCGUGGCGAAGAUGGGCAUUAGGUCGCGUGUGGCUGUCCUAGCCAUCAGCCAGAUCAUCGCCACGCCAUUUGCAUUUGGCUCGAUGUACUUCAAUCCCCUGUGGGCUAUGAUCACCCUUGGAAUUUCCUAUUUCUUUGGCAAGUAAAUUUAGCAUUUCAUUUAAUAUUUUAUACUUUAAUUCAUUCAUUGCCAUUAUUGUGUUUAUUAUUCAAUUUAUUAAGUUUAUUCUAAUCAAGAAAUUUUUAUAUUUUAGAAACAGUAAAUAUUUUAUAUAUUAAUAAUAAUGAAAAUAUAUAAAAAUAAUAAUUUUAUUAUAUUAAUAAAAUAGUAAAUAUUUUAUAUGUUGAUAUAAAUAUUUAAAAUAAUAAUAUAAUAAAAAUUAUUAUUUUAAAUUUAUUUAUUUUGUCAUAUCUUUCUUAGUUGAAAUUCCUAUAUACAUAAUUCAUGGAUGACUAUUAAAUUUAUUCAUUAUCAUUAUUAUAUUUAUUACUUAAUUCAUUAAAUUUAUUCUAUUCAAUAAAUUUUUAUAUUUUAGAAAUGGUAAAUAUUUCAUAUACUAAUAAUUUUAAAUUUAUUUAUUUUGUCACAUCUUUCUUAGUUGAAAUUCCUAUAUAUAUAUAUAUAUAUAUAAUUCAUGGAUAUUAAAAGCCCAUGUUGAAGCUUCAUUUUUUAAAUCAAUAAUUUUGGCUUCUGUUGCAUUAAAAUUAGGAAGAUGUGGAAUUUUACGAAUUAUAUAUAUAAUAAAAUGUAUAUUUAUUUUAUAGUUAUUAA